UCAUAAGAUGACUGACAGGGUUGUGCUGUUGCUUCGCCAGAGGUCAGCACUGUACUGACAGACUGUGUGACUGUAAACAAGGGCAGCUGAGGACCGUGAUUGGAGAACACGCUGGUAAAACGCAGUCUGCUUUGUGUUUUCCCCUUAUAUGUAUUGUCUUUAUUUAUAGGAUAAGACACGGUACUCUAAAUGCUGGUUUUUUGGUAGAUACGCCGGUUUGGGUCGGGAUGCGCAGUGCGCUGCUGCAGUGUAAACAAGACUGUCCGAGUCUGCAGGCGCUGCUAUCUGAGAGAUAAAAGAUCAUCACACACUUCUAGAGACAGCUCUCGGGUUGAAAGUGUACUGUGACUUCAGUCAUGAGUCCGCUACCCGUGACAAACUGAGCUGAGCUCUCUGAGGAUUUUCUGUUCUCUUCUUUUGAAAUUAAACUCGACAUCUGUCGCUCGUCCACUACUUGUCUGCAACAACUACGCUUUCAGCUUUUGCCUUUGAAUGACCAUAUGGAAUUAGCUGCGAGGGAGCCACCAGCUCGUUGAAUCAGGACAGAAAUGACUGACAAUCAGGAGACCGUGGAAGCGGAGGACGUGACUCCGUCCGGCCGGAGCUCGACCUUGCCUCUGCGGCCGCCGUGCGAGCGUCUCCCCGGCCCCAAGACCAGCGUGUGCUCCCGCUCGUACUUCGUGGUUGUGAUGGUGUUUUUUCACGUUUACAUCGUUAAUGUCAUCGCGCUGCUGUUCUACGUGCACUACAGCAGCAGCAGCGGGCAGGAGGACGCCAGCCGGAGUCUUGACGCUCCCAGCGGCGUCCAUCACCAGCAGCGCCCUGAGUCGAGACGUACGCCGCCAUCAAAACCAGAAUUUAUGCGCGAUGUUUCUCUGACGAGAAUGGAGGGGGUCAGGGUGGGACAUGUCCAGAAGGUGUCACUGGUGCCGGGCAAAGUGCAUGAGAUGCGGACCCUGAGCUUGAAACCUCUGCUGUUUGAGAUCCCUGGGUUUUUGUCAGACGAUGAGUGUCGUGUGGUGAUGCAGCUGGCGCAGCUGAAGGGUCUGAUGGAGAGUCAGCUGAUGGUACAGGAAGGUCAGGAGGAGCUGGCCAAAGAGCUCAACCUCAGGCCAGAGGAGAUCUUUAACCUUCUUGAUAUCAACCAAGAUGGACAACUGCAGCUUCAAGAGAUACUGACUCAUUCUCGAGUGAGGGAUGGCAUCUGGCUCACUCCCGAGAAUCUGCGAGAAAUUUAUGCCGGGCUCAAAGCAGACAAGGACGACAACGGUUUGCUGAGCCUUGAGGAGUUCAGACUUCUAAGCAACGAUGCUUUCCAGCGCUUUCUUCUGCAGCGAGGGGUGAAAAGGAGUCAGCUGGUGCGGAACAGCAGGCACACCUGGCUGUAUCAGGGCAAAGGGGCUCACCGGGUCCUCCAAGAAAUCAAGGAAAGGGUGACUCGCCUCACUCGGGUGCCGCACACACUGGUGGACCUCAGCGAGCCUCUUCAGGUAGUUCGCUAUGAGGAGGGUGGGCACUACCACGCCCACCAUGACAGUGGACCCGUCUACCCUGAAACAGCGUGUUCACACACACGCCUUGCAGCUAACACGUCCACUCCUUUUGAGACGUCAUGCAGGUACAUCACAGUUCUCUUCUACCUGAACUCUGUUGAUGGGGGCGGGGAGACCGCAUUCCCUGUGGCAGACAACAGGACCUAUGAUGAAGUGUGUCUUAUACAGAAUGAUGUGGACCUUAUGGACACAAGAAGAAACUGUGAUAAGAGCAACCUGAGAGUGAGACCGACCAAAGGGACUGCUGUCUUCUGGUACAACUACCUGUCUGAUGGAAGAGGUUGGGUGGGAGUGCAGGACGAAUAUGCCCUACAUGGAGGCUGUGUGGUCACCCGUGGCACAAAGUGGAUCGCCAAUAAGUGGAUCAAUGUUGAUCCAGAUUACCAGCGGCAGGCUCGCUACCAGCAGUUAGUGUCACAGCCGCCCGAAGAGGAGAACGACGAAGACCUGACUAGGAACACACACAUACAGAAACCCAGCAUCCAUCAAGAUUUGUAGCUCGAAUGCCACAUAUAUUUACAUAUAUGUAUAUAAAUACAAAAAGAACUCUUCCCAGUCUUCCUCCGUCAUGUGCACAAUGUUUUGGAACGAUCCACUGUGGCCAGUUUGUAGAUAUACGAUUUCAGGGAAAGAGGUCACAGUGGGCUUAUGAAACAGUAGUUGCUUUUAACCAAAUUAUCUACUGUUUUAUCCUUACUUUUUAUUUUUUGAGUUGCACUAGAACUUCUCUGCAAGAGUUGUGGCUUCAAAGAGUUUUAAAGUGUGUGGGAUUUAGUGACAUCUAGUGGCAAAGUUUAGGAUUGGAGACACCCAAAUAUCGGCUUUAUCUUCCAAACACCUAAGAGAAAAUACUGACUGCAAAUGAUAAAUGGCCUGUAUUUGAUAUAGCGCCUUCUAGAGUCAUGGAACCCCUCAAGGCGCUUUACAACACACUCAGUCAUUCACCCAUUCACACACACAUUCACACACUGGUGGGGAUGAGCUACGAUGUAGCCACAGCUGCCCUGGGGCGCACUGACAGAGGCAAGGCUGCCGAGCACUGGCGCCACCGGUCCCUCCGACCACCACCAGCAGGCAACGUGGGUUAAGUGUCUUGCCCAAGAAACACAGAAAGAAUCUGAGAAGAGUCUUUACAUAUAACUACCUAGGUCUGACCCAAAUAAAGUGAUUGGUGGAUAUUUUGCUAUUAUAAACAUGUCAAUAUGAAUAGGAAACUAUGUUUCUGCCACUAAAUUUACCUAAAUGUUCCACACAGGAACAAACAUCUUUGCAUGCAUUACCUUGACACAUAUGCUAUGAGUAACAUUUGCACUGAAGACUUACGAUGGCUACCAUGACCAAAAGAAGCUCACACUACUUAAGUGUGAUGUAUGAUGCCUUGUCUUUGUCCCUUUCACUUUACUAUUAUUGUACGAAUGCACAACAAAUUAAAAUGCACAAGAUGUUCA